UCGGUACACGUCCCGAACAUCAUAGAUUUCCGUGACGGACCAAUCCUCCUCUCGUUAGGGACACAAGUAAUCGUAGAAGACACACGCUUCCAUACUCCAUUGAGUCCGAGGAUUCAAGAGAUUGGAGGAGAGCAGAGCGGAGGGUGUUGAUGGAAUCGAACUGAAUCUUCCUUCCUUUUGUCCACUUCCUGACGCAGUUAACACGCGGCAGGCAAAGGCCGCAGGGACAGCCUCUCUCCCGCCUCCGCCUCCUCCCCCCACCCCUUCUGCGAAAUUUAAGAAGUCAGCCAGCCCCCACACUUUCACCUCAUCACCAUCACCACCACCACCACCACCACCACCACCACCUUUUCUUUUGUUUCCUCUCUCUCUCUCUCUCUCCGAGAGUCAAAUCAGCAUAAUUGGUCCAUUCCCUGAAUCAUCAUGCUCCUUUCCAGCAGAGCAUGCUCUGUUUUUCCGUUACAGGGACAAGGAACUUGGUCUCGUUCUCGGCCUGCCUGUUAGUUGAUGAAACAGUCCUGAGUUUGCUGUGCCCGUCUCCGAGUCUUGAUCGACGGCGAAAACACUUUCCGGGUUGUCAAGAAAAAAAUGUUGCUUUGGAGGGAAAUCAGGGCGGCCAAUACAGCCGCUGUCGUGCUGCUUCUGUUGUCCGUUGGAGGUCUCGGACAGGGGCGGGACAGCUCUGUUGAGGCAAAGCCCCGGCGGAUUCUCUUGGAUACAGACGUCGACACCGAUGAUUUCUUCGCUCUUCUUUAUCUCCUGAAGCUUAACAGAUCAGAAUUUGAACUGGAGGCGGUAACUAUUAACACGAAUGCCUGGACAACUGCGGGCCACGCUGUGAACCAGAUCUACGACAUUCUCUUCAUGAUGGGUCGGGACGAUGUUGCUGUCGGGGUCGGAGGCGACGGUGGAAUAAUGGAAGAUGGCACCAUCCUACCUAAUGUCGGGGGCUACCUCCCUAUUAUUGAGCAGGGAAUGACAACAGCAGGGUAUUGCCGGUACAGGCAGGCGAUCCCAGUCGGCCUUGGAGGGAGAUUGGACAUUGAUUCCAACUAUGGCCUCCGAAAAUCAUUUCUUCCCCAGGGAAAGAGGAGAUAUUCUCCCCUCCGACAGCCCACGACUCAACAGGUGAUGAUCGAGAAAGUAUCGGCAGGGCCCAUCACCGUGAUCGUCACUGGAGCUCACACGAACUUUGCCAUUUUCCUGAUGAGCCAUCCUCAUCUGAAGAAGAACAUCGAGCAUAUUUAUGUGAUGGGGGGAGGAGUGAGAUCGAAGAAUCCAACCGGGUGCUGCCCUGCAAAUGCCAGCUCGUCGUGCAAGCCUCAACAGUGUGGAGACCGUGGAAAUGUUCACACGGAUUACACCAGUAACCCGUAUGCGGAGUUCAACAUAUUUGGAGACCCCUUUGCUGCAUAUCAGGUGAUUCAUUCGGGCAUUCCGGUCACUCUAGUCCCACUCGAUGCAACUAACACUAUCCCCAUUACCAAGCAGUUCUUCGAUACCUUUGAACAAAGUCAGAGCACUUACGAGGCACAAUAUUGCUUCAAGUCCCUGAAGAUCACGCGAGAUACAUGGUUUGAUGACCAGUUCUACACGAGCUACUUUAUGUGGGAUUCAUUCACAUCGGGUGUCGCAGUCUCAAUGAUGCGGAAUGAGAAGAUUGAGAAUGAGUUUGCAGAAAUGGAAUACAUGAAUAUAACUGUGAUCACCUCGAACGAACCAUACGGGGUCUCUGAUGGGUCCAACCCAUUUUUUGACGGGCGUAAAGUCCCCAAGUUCAACUUGACUAGAGGGUGGGUCCACAGCGGUCAUGUCCAAAUGGGUCUUCGGGACCCAUUUUGCAUUGUGGCGAAUGGAAAAGGAAAAUGCAAGGAUGGAUAUACAGCUGAGGUCACUGGCCCGGAGGCAGUACGUGUCCUCGUUGCCACAAAGGCAAAACCGAAUCUGAAACCUGGUAGUCCUCUUAGCAGGGAGUUCCACAAGAGCUUCUUGAAUGCUUUGAACGAUCCCGAACAUUCUGCGAGAUUUAGUCUUACGACACAAUUUCCUUACUACAGAGAAGUCUUAUAUAAACCCGAAUUAAGAGGCAAGAAACUCGGAAAGCCUGUAAUAUUUGACAUGGACAUGAGUGCUGGAGAUUUUCUCACGCUGUUCUAUCUCCUCAAAGUACCCACAGAAGAGAUCAAUCUUAAGGCAAUAUUAGUGACUCCGACAGGAUGGGCCAGUGCUGCAACCAUUGAUGUGAUCUACGAUCUGCUUCACAUGAUGGGCAGGGACGAUAUUCCAGUGGGCCUGGGCGACAUGUUUGCGAUGAAUCAGUCCGACCCGAUAAUGCCUACCGUGGGAGACUGCAAGUAUGCAAAGGCGAUCCCCCACGGGAGCGGCGGUGUUUUGGAUUCGGACACUCUUUAUGGGUUGGCCCGUGAUUUACCUCGGAGCCCGAGAAGGUAUACAGCAGAAAAUUCUGUCAAGUAUGGAGCUCCUAGAGAUACCGAUCACCCAGAACUUAGGCAGCCACUAGCUCUGGAAAUUUGGGAGUCUACAGUGAACACGCUGGAGAUGGGAUCGAAGAUCACUAUAUUGACCAACGGGCCAUUGACUAACUUAGCAAAGAUCAUUCAGUCGAGCAAGAACGCAACCUCUGUGAUUCAGGAUGUCUACAUUGUCGGAGGACACAUACAUCGAACUGCUAUGGAUGAAGGAAACGUGUUCACUAUUCCCUCCAAUAAAUACGCCGAGUUUAAUAUGUUCCUUGAUCCAUUGGCUGCAAAGACGGUUCUGAGCUCCGAGCUUAACGUCACCCUCAUUCCCCUCAGCAUCCAACGCAGAGUAAGCUCAUUUACAGAAAUCCUGAAAGGACUUAACGGGGUGAGGAAGACUCCUGAGUUUAGGUUUGCCUACCGUUUGCUGUUGAGGCUCAAUCGACUAAUGCAGAUUCACAAGAGAUAUCUGCACAUGGACAUCUUCUUGGGGGAAAUCCUCGGCGCUAUGGUCUUAGCGGCAGGCAACAAGUCCUCUCUGAAACCGACCUUCUCCUUCAAACCCAUUAGAGUCAUCGCCGAAGGUGUUGAAUCAGAGGAUGGAUACACUUAUAUUGACAACAAGAAUGGGAAACUCGUAACCAUGUUGGAGUAUUUAGAUCCGAAAUCUUCUUACCUCGCAUUUUGGGGUCAACUGAGCUAUGAAAAGCAGUCCGCAGUGAUUGGGAGUUUUAAGGAUCAGAAGAGGAUGUGGAGUUUGCCUCCAAAUCAAACGGAAACUUCAUCUUAACUCAUCAGUUUCCUACAUUAUUCAAGAGCCGGGAUCAUUAUGUUUCAUACCGAAGAAUAAUACUCUUCAUAAAUACAUAUCAGUGAUACACAUUGUGCAGACAGGAAAUACGAGUUGAAGAAACAGGAACGAUAGUCAAAUUCUUCGAAGUAAUUCUUUCUUUAGCCUAGGGAGAUCAAUGUGUACAUAACUUUUGUAAUGAACAGCGAUGUCCCAAACAAGCUGUAUCUAUUCUCUUACAACCCUCUACUCAUACCGAAUUAUCACCGCGACUGUUUUCAUUC